CCAUUUGGCAGGGAGACAUGAUGGAAGCAGAUCGCCCAGAGAAGCUUUUCGUUGGGGGCCUCAACCUCAAAACCGACGAGAAAGCCCUCAAAGCCGAGUUUGGCAAGUAUGGCCGCAUCAUCAAGGUGUUCCUCAUGAAAGACCGAGAAACCAACAAGUCGAGGGGCUUCGCGUUCGUCACAUUCGAAAGCCCUGCAGACGCCAAGGCCGCCGCCAGAGAUAUGAACGGCAAGUGCCUGGAUGGUAAGUCCAUCAAGGUGGCCCAGGCCAUCAAACAGGCAUUCAAGAACAGCCGGUGGGUCCCGCCAACCCCCGGCAGCAGCGGUCGCUCGAGGUUCUCACACAGAACCCGUAGGGGUGGCAGCAGCCCACAGCGAUCCCCUUCUCGGGGUGGGCCCAAUGACGGCUGCGGCUACGCAGGGUAUUUCGACCUGCGGCCCUACAGGGCCCUGAUGCCUAGGAAGCGCGGGCCGCUGCCGUGGCACUGGGCCAGCCCACCCCACAAGAGGGCCGCGCCUUCGAGCCUGGCUCGCAGCAUUGGCCGUGGAAUGCACAGGAAGGCACCGACCGUGUUGGGGCAAGAUGGCUACUCAGGCUUGCAGCCACUGUGCUGGGCCGGCCCACCCCGCAAGAGGGCUGUGACCCCGUGGAGCCUGGCUCGCACUGGCAGCAGUGGAAUGCCUGGGAAGGCCCCGGCCGUGUGGGGGCAAGAUGGCUACUCAGGCCCGCAGGUCCGGGAGCCACUGCCCCCGUGCUGUGACCCUGGGGAUUUUGUUCCCACUCUCAGAGAGUACAGCCGUCGCUAUUAUGGCCACUCCAGUGUCCCAGACUACCGUCCCUUGAGAGGUGACGGCAACCGAAAUGGCUACAGGGGUCGCAACCGUGACUACGUGGAUCAUCCCAGCAAAGGCUCCUACCGAGAGCCCCUCAAGAGCUACGGAGGCCCAUGCGGUGCUGCCCCUGGGCGGGGGACACCGCCAUCUUACGGAGGAGGAUGCCGCUACGAGGAGUACCAGGGCCACUCGCCCGAUGCCUGCAACGGAGGCCACUCAUCUGAGGCCUUGCCGGUCGCCUUGCCAGACGUCUUGCCAGACGCCUACAGCGGGGACCGCUCGCCCAAAGCCUAUAGCGGGGGCCGUAGCAGUUCCAGUAACAGUUACCGCCAGAGCGACGACUACGGAGAAGGCCGCUACGAGGAGUACAGAGACCACUCGCCUGACACCCACAGCGGAGGCCGCUCGCCGGACGCCCACAGCGGAGGCCGCUCGCCGGAUGCCCACAGCGGAGGCCGCUCGCCGGACGCCCACAGCGGAGGCCGCAACAGUUCCAGCAACAGCUACAGCCGGAGCCAACGCUACAGAGGAGAAGGCCGCUACGAGGAGUACCGAGGCCGCUCGCACGAGGCCCGCAGCGGGGGCCACUCCACUGAUGCCCACAGUGGGGGCCGCUCUGAGGACGCCUACAGUGGGGGCCACGACAGUUCCAGCCAGAGUGACUGCUGCAGAGGAGGAGGCCGUUAUGAGGAGUACCAAGGCCGCUCGCUGGAUGCCAACAGCGGAGGCCGCUCACCCGACGCCUACAGUGACGGCCACGACAAUUCCAGCUGGAGCGACCACUAUGGAGGAGGAGGCCACUACAAGGAGAACCGAGGCCACUCUCUGGAUGCCAACAGUGGAGGCUGCUCACCCGACACCCACAGCGGGGGCCGCAACAGUUACGGCCAGAGCCACCGCUACAGAGGAGGAGGCCGCUAUGAGUACCGAGGCCGCUCCCACGACGCCCACAGCGGGGGCCGCUCUGCCGACGCCUACAGUGGGGGCCACGACAGUUCCAGCCAGAGUGACCGCUACAGAGGAGGAGGCCGCUCGCUCGAUGCCAACAGUGGAGGCCGCUCGCCCAAUGCCUACAGCGGGGGCCACGACAGUUCCAGCCGGAGCCACAGCUACGAAGGAGGAGGCCGCUAUGAGGAGUACCGAGGCCGCUCGCUCGAUACCAACACCGGAGGCCGCUCGCCUGAUGCCUACAGCGGGGGCCACGACAGUUCCAGCUGGAGCGACCGCUACGGAGGAGGAGGCCACUCGCUCGAUGCCAACAGCGGAGGCCGCUCGCCUGAUGCCUACAGCGGGGGCCACGACAGUUCCAACCGGAGUGACCGCUACGGAGGAGGAGGCUGCUACGAGGAGUACCGAGGCCAUUCGCUCGAUGCCAACAGCGGAGGCUGCUCGCCUGACGCCUACAGCGGGGGCCACAACAGUUCCAGCGGGAGCGACCGCUACAGAGGAGGAGGCUGCUACAAGGAGUACCGAGGCCGCUCGCUCGAUGCCAACAGCGGAAGCCGCUCGCCAGAUGCCUACAGCAGGGGCCACGACAGUUCCAGCCGGAGCGACACCUAUGGAGGAGGCGGCCACUACGAGGAGAACCGAGGCCACUCUCUCUAUGCCAACAGCGGAGGCCACUCACCCGACGCCUACAGCAGGAGCCGCGACAGUUCCAGCAACAGUUACGACUGGAGCCACCGCUAUGGAGGAGGCGGCUACUACGAAGAGUACCGAGGCCGCUCGCACGACACCCACAGCGGGGGCCGCUCGCCCGAUGCCCACAGCGGGGGCCACUCGCCUGAUGCCCACAGCGGGGACCACUCCACCGAAGCCUACAGCAGGGGCCGAGACAGUUUCAGCAACAGCUAUGGCCAGAGUGACCACUACAGAAGAGGAGGCCGCUACAAGGAAUACCGAGGCCGCUCGCCCGACGCCUACAGCGGGGGCCGUGGCCGCAACAGUUCCAGCAACAGUCAUGGUCGGAGCGCCCGCUAUGGAGGAGGAGGCCGCUACGAGGAGUACCGAGGCCCCUCGCCUGACGCCUACAGUGGGGGCCGCGACAGUUCCAUCAAGAGUUACGGCCUGAGCAACCGCUACAGAGGAGGAGGCCACUACGAUGAGUACUGGGGCAGCUUGCCCGACGCCUACAGCAGCGGCCACGACAGAUCCAGCAACAGUUACGUCCGGAGCGACCGCUACUCGAGGGGCCGAGACCGGGUAGGCAGACCGGAUCGUGGGCUCCUUCUGCCCAUGGAAAGGGGCAGCCCUCCCCUGCAUGAUUCUUACAGCCGGUCAGGCUGCAGGGUGCCCAGGGGCGGAGGCCAUCAAGGAGGCCGCUUGGAGAGGGGGGAAGGCCGGAGCAGAUACUAAGCAGGAACAGACUUGGAACCAAAAUUCCCUUUUCAAAGAAAGUAACAAAAAGAAGAACCUGUUCUAUGUUAACUACCCAAGGACUAGUAUAAGUUGUUUUUACCUUUUAAGAAUUUCCUGUUAAGAUCUCCAUUUUUAUGCUUUUGUGAGGAAAAACUUAAAAUUUCUUUAGUUUGAAAUUGUUAAUGUUUCUUUCAACAAGUUCAUGUUAAAAGUAUAAGAUAUGAA